AAUCCCCUUCUCAUCAGCUGAUCAUGUAUCCUGUGUUUGGAUAAGUUUCUCGAUUUUCUCUCAAAUUUACGUGCUAUCCUUUGGUUUCAAGAUGGAUGAGGGUACAAAGCACCACAAUCCUAACCCUGUCGAGAAUGCAAACUGUCUGUCGAAGGUUCUGUAUUGGUGGUUAAGCCCUCUCUUCAGCAAAGGAGCCAAGAGUGGAAUAGAAAAAGAGGAUUUGUACAAUGUUUGUGAAUGCGACUCAGCGGAUUACCUCACAGAAAAGCUAGGAACAGAGUGGAAGAAAGAAUCAUGCAAGAUCAAAGAGGGGGAAAAUCCAAGCCUACUCCGUGCGUUGUGUCGGGCUUUUGGAAAAAGUUACAUGUUAUUAGGGAUGUUGGUGCUCAUCGAGGAAAGUGUCAAGAUAUUACAGCCCCUUCUCCUGGUGGGCCUCAUCAAAUUCUUCAGCAAUCAGACAACCCUCUUGGACGCGUACCUCUAUGCAGCCGGUGUCAGCAUCUGUGCCAUAUUUCUUGCUGUGUUUCACCACCCGUAUUUCUUUGGGGUGCUCCGUGUCGGGAUGCAGUUGCGUGUGGCUUGUUCAUCACUUAUUUAUAGAAAGUCCUUACGUUUAAGUAACACCGCCAUGAAAGAGACAACUGUCGGCCAGAUAGUCAACUUAAUGUCAAACGAUUGCAACAGAUUUGAUACCGCUGUGAUUUUUAUCCAUUACCUAUGGGUCGGCCCCCUGACAGCCCUUGCAACCCUGGGCAUCCUCUGGUACGAGCUGGGCCCAUCCUGUCUUGCCGGCUUUGCAGUUCUUUUGUUACUAGUGCCAGUACAAUAUAAAAUGGGAAAAUUCUUCACAAAAUUAAGAUUAAAAACAGCAGUGCAGACGGACGAGCGGGUGAGGAUAAUGCACGAGAUCAUAUCGGGCAUGCGCAUCAUCAAGAUGUAUUGCUGGGAACGCAUGUUUGGCACACUGAUCAAGAAAGUCAGAGAACGCGAGAUGAAGCGAGUCCAAUCCAGCUCCUACGCCAAAGCUUGUAACCUCGCACCCUAUUUCGUCUCGCCCAAGUUAUUCGUAUUCUUGACCUUUGUGACCUAUGUUUUUACGGGUCACAUGUUGACAGCAGCCAAAGUAUUCCUCGUCAUCACCUUGUAUAAUACCGUCCGCUUGACCAUGACGCUGUUCCUCCCAUUCGCGAUACAGUUCAACGGAGAGACGAAGGUCACAAUUAAUAGAUUGGAGAAAUUCCUCACGUUAGAUGAACUAGAGCAUGCCGUCUUGGAGAGGAAGAACAGUCUCCGACCCAAACUCUCCGACUGUGGAGUCGUCGUCAAGAAUCUUACAGCAUCAUGGGACAAGACUGGUGAGAACACAACACUUAAAGACAUCAGUUUGAGCGUGAGCACCGGUGAACUGGUGGCAGUCAUUGGACCAGUUGGAUCAGGAAAGUCUUCCCUUUUAAUGGCCAUACUCGGAGAGAUGAUGAAACAGAAAGGAGAGAUCACACUGUUAGGUCACAUUGCAUAUACGUCUCAAGAACCAUGGGUAUUUUCAUCUAGUGUCAAGCAGAACAUCAUCUUUGGACAGGAGUGUGAUCUAGAAAAAUAUGACAGGGUGCUCAAGGCUUGUGCCCUGGAAAAGGAUAUAGAAAUGCUUCCAGACAAAGACCUAACCCUAGUUGGUGAACGCGGCGUGAGUUUGAGUGGGGGUCAGCGAGCCCGAGUGAGUCUCGCUCGAGCAUUGUACCGCAGCGCUGAUAUCUAUCUGUUCGACGACCCACUUAGCGCAGUUGAUUCAGCAGUGGGGAAGCAUUUGUUUGACCAGUGCAUCAAUGGGAUGAUUCGCAACAAGCCACGUAUUCUUGUGACACAUCAACUCCAGUACCUCAAAGUUGCCGACAGGAUUGUGAUCCUCAGGGAUGGUCAAAUAGCAGACACAGGCACAUACAAUGAACUUGCCAAAUCUGGGAUUGACUUUGCGGCUCUACUCAACAUCGAAGAGGAGGAACUUGACCUCUAUGAAGGCGACCCAGAAGAUGAGAAAUUAGUGAAAAAUGUUGUUGAUCUGCCUACACACGAAGAGAUCCAUCUUGAUUAUGUUGGAUCCAUGUUGUCUGUCAAAAGUUUAGAGUUUGAAAUGAAGCCUGAUCAUGUUCCUAUCCAGAAGGAAGAGAAACGAUCUGAGGGCGUGGUGCAAUGGCAUGUGUACAAAGAAUACUUCAAGGCGAGUGGGAGUGGCUUGAAACUCUUCCUGUUGGUCGUGUUGAACAUCUUGGCACAGGUCGCAUACAUCCUUUGCGAUUGGUGGUUAUCAUACUGGGCAGUAAAAGAAGAGCAGCGCCACGCAGCGCAACAACUCCAUGACAAUCUCACGUUCAGCGGAUACAAUCAAACCAACAUCACUGUACCAUAUGUCGAUACAAACGAAUAUAUUUACAUAUUCUCCGGGAUAAUUUUGGCCGUUUUCGUAUUCGGAAUACUUCGUGCUCUACUUAUCUAUAAUGUUUGCGUGAAUUCUGCAAGGACAUUGCAUAACAACAUGUUUGAUAAAAUACUUCGGGCGCCAGUAUUCUUUUUUGAUACGAAUCCUAUAGGGCGUGUUCUGUCCCGGUUUUCAUACGACUUGGGCCUAGUCGAUGAAAAGCUACCAGAUACGUUACAAGAUGUGGUAGUGUGUUUCCUUCUCGGCCUAGGUAUCAUCCUCGUGGCAGGCAUUGUCAACCCGUGGGUGUUCAUCCCCUGCGUACCCCUGGCUAUACUCUUUGUCAUGCUGAGGCAAUACUACAUGAAGUCAUCUAGGGAUAUCAAGCGCCUGGAGGCUGUCACUCGCAGCCCGAUCUAUUCCCACCUGAGCGCCACCCUAAACGGUUUACACACAGUGCGGGCAUACGGCGUUGAAGAGGCGUUCAUUACUGAGUAUCAAAAACAUCAAGACCAACAUACAGAAGCAUGGUACCUCUUCCUGGUGACGACACGAUGGUUUGCCGUACGCCUUGAUUUCCUGUGUUCUGUGUUUGUGUCGAUUGUCUGCUUCUGCAGCGUUUUCUCUGCAAAAUCUCUGGAUGGUGGCCUGGUGGGCCUGUCCGUGACGUACGCGAUUGCAUUGAUGGGCAUGUUCCAGUGGGGUGUCCGCCAGAGUACAGAGGUUGAGAACCAGAUGGUAUCUGUGGAGCGGAUCCUGGAGUAUUCGGCCAUAUCGUCUGAGAAGGCUUUAGAUUCUGACCCAGAGAAGAAGCCGCCCAAGGACUGGCCAUCGGAGGGUACGAUAACGGCAGAUGGAGUGAACUUCCGAUACAGCUCUGACAAUCCACUCGUUUUGAAAGACAUCAAAUUUCACAUCAAAUCAAAAGAGAAGAUAGGGAUCGUUGGAAGAACAGGUGCUGGCAAGAGCUCCCUCAUGGCAAUGCUGUUUCGUAUGGCCGAGCCCUCUGGUGACCUGAAGAUUGACGGCAUACAGAUCACCGAUAUUGGCCUUCAUGACCUGAGGAGGAAGAUUUCUAUCAUUCCACAGGAUCCGACGUUGUUUUCUGGAACUCUGAGGAAGAACCUGGAUCCUUUCAGUCAGUAUGCGGACGUUGAUUUGUGGCGAGCUUUGGAUGAGGUGGAACUAAAACCUGUAAUUGAAGAUCUUCCGGGAAGACUGGAGUGUAGUAUCUCAGAAGGAGGCUCAAAUUUCAGUGUUGGGCAGCGACAGUUGAUCUGUCUGGCAAGGGCGGUGCUACGCAGGAAUAAAAUUCUAGUUAUUGAUGAGGCAACUGCAAAUGUGGACCCAAGAACGGAUGCAUUGAUUCAAGAGACAAUUCGGGCCAAGUUUCAGGAAUGCACGGUCCUGACGAUCGCCCAUCGCCUCCACACAAUCAUGGACUCGGAUCGACUUUUGGUGCUUGAUGAAGGACGGGUAGUAGAGUUUGAUCAACCGCACAGUCUCAUCACAUCGAAGCAAGGCUUCUUCUAUGAUAUGGUACAGAGCACAGGUGACACAGAGGCUUACCAUUUGGAGGAAAUUGCCCGUGUGGCACACGAAGGGAGGAAACCGCAACCAGAAAAAGCAAACAUUUCUGAAAAGAAGGUUUCUGUUACAUCAUCCGUGGAUAAAGUGAUUAUGAAUGGCCCGAAUCAUGUAAGUGAAUCUUUGAGUAGUCCUUGCAGUGAAUCACAUGACCUGUCGUCGAAUCCAGAUUUUGACGAUGAUGAUGUAAAUGAGGAUUCUCCAUUAUUGGCACAUGCCGAUUCAGAGCCGGAUAUUGAUAUUGAUAUUGAUAUGUCGUCAAUACCACUGUCGCUGCAAAGAGAAAUGAAAAUGUUGACGGGUGAGGAGCCGCCGAUACAUGCACCGCCUCCUUCUGGAGCUUGCUCACGAGUCCGGGUCCCAAAGAUACAUGUCACGUCACCAAGUUAUCAUGAUUUACACGGCGAAACCGAAGAAGUCAAAAAUGAUGAAGUUUACCCUAAAACGACAAGUGUUCUGGGCGAUGAUGAACUGAUGCCAAAAAUAACAGUAACAUCGCCGAGUGUUCAAGAUCUCCAUGGAGAUGACUCUGAUGAGGAGGGCCCCACUGGCUCCUCUAGUGGUCAUCCGAAUAACAACAAAAAACGAACUAAUGUUUCUUCGGAUUCUCAUGGUCCUGAAUCAAACACGAGUGUUUCUGACAAGGAGACUGCCGCAAAUGACAACAUGAAACCGAAAAUUACUGUGACUUCACCAAGUCUUAACAAAAUAGCUGAUGAUGGAAAAAAACGGGCAAAGGAUGAUGAUAGCAUGGAUGUACCAAAAAUUACUGUUACAUCGCCUAGUAUACAGGACUUACAUGAUGAUGAUUCCAACGCUGAAAAAGACAAAGCUUCUAAAAAAGGAUUGGAGGAGAGUGGGGAUAGAAACACAAAAAAGCAAGAAACUGAUGAUAUGGGUGUCCCAAAGAUAACCGUGACUUCACCGAGUUUGAACGAUCUUCAAAAUGAUGAGAACGGAAAUGAUGAUGAAACAGACUCGAGUGAGGAAUAUUCUGAUUCCAGUUCAGAAGGUGAGUAUAUUGAAGGGCCAAAAAUAACAGUGACUUCACCAAGUUUUCAGGACUUACAGAAUGAGAAUGAGUGUAAUGGAAACGGGAAGCAUUCGGUUAGUUCAAGUGAUGAGGAAGAUGUGGGGGACAAGGCGCCGUUACUUAAGGAUAUGCCUGCGUCAGCGGUUGUGACCGCAGAUGGCGACGAUAACGAAAAGAUGAACAUGGAUUAUAAUUCUGUGUGUUAGGUUGCCCUUGACUUGAGCAUUUUGUAUAAGUAGAGUGGCCUGAUAGGAUCACAUGGGACAGACAAGGGUUAUACUUUUGUCUGAAAGGUGGCACUCCACAGCAAUGUAUUGCAUUCAAUGAUUUCUGAACACAGAAUUUGGGAUAAGUUCAAUGGUUUGGUCCAAUCAAAAAAUCAGCCAAUCUGAAGGCUCUGUUUUGGGGCUAUUGUUUUGGGAAAACUGAUUCAGAAAUGGGCAAAUAAGUAGAAGUAUAGCCUGAUGGAAUCAAAUAGGAUGAACAUGGAUUAUACACGAUUUGGCUAGUUGGCACUACACGGAUGUAUAGCAUCCGUAGUGUGACCGUCUAGGGAGGCCUGGUCAAAUCAUUCGGGACACUCAUAGAUUACACAGGUGUGAUGUAUUGCAUUUUCAUUAGCAGUUCAUGUAUGGCCUGAUACGGAGAUGAGUCCUAAUAACAUCACUGGAUUAAUUUUCAGUUUUUUCUCGUUUGGUGAACAUGGCUUACAUUUCAGCCAAGGAUUCAAUUUUUAAGCGUGGAGUAUGAUUUUGCCAGCAAUGUUACACUAUUAUACUGGGAGAGAUGGUUUUGGGUAUGACAUUGGAUGUUUUAUGAGAUGGAUUAGUUAUGCACACACAGUGUAAAGUUAACUGCAAUUUGGAAAAACUUUACAGGAAUUUUAAUUUUGCGGUCUGACUUGAUUCGCAAAAUAAACAAGCACAAAAUCAUUUGGUUAAUACAUUAUGCAUUGCAGCUCCUGUAAUUCCGCAAAAUCUGCAUGCAUUAUGCGUAUGAAUACAAAUUGUAAAGUUUGGCGGUAAAAGGUACGCAACCAAAUAUAAAAUGUGCCACAAGUAUUUUCCUUGUUACAGUGUACACAUAGAGGGAGUUCCUAGAUCCAGUCAAAGAACUGCCUGAUAGCGCAUUAACCUCUUGACUACCGGGCCGUUCGAACCGUUCCAUACCGGAGCCUUUUUGGUAUUAUUGUAUACUAUGUGCAGCCACGUGCGUCUGGUAAAACCUCUGUGUUCGCCGCCACCGCAGCACCAUCUAUACGACCUAGUUCGAGUUGGUGGGUAGCAGAUGACAUGCCUACGUCACUAUACACCAAGUGAGUCGAGUCAGAUCAUACCAAACAAUAUACAGAAAGGUCUAUCAUAGCGAGCGGUUGGCGGUAAAAACGUGUAUUUGAUUGCGACCGCUGUAGCGGUCGGCGGUAGUCAAGAGGUUAUGUGAACUCAAAUUGGAUAAGAUAACUUUCUUAUUUCUGGCAUGCAGGGCUGUCACUAUUACAGUAGAACCUCUCUUUGCGGACGCCUCUCUAUUAAGGACAAUAGUUUUGGUCCCAAAUUGUGUGUUUUCAUUCAAUUUGACCUCUUUAAUCAGGACAUCUCUCUAUUAAGGACAGUACUUGUCAGUCCCAAGGGUGUCCUUAAUAGAGAGGUUCUACUGUAAUUAAGUAGUCAAUUAAGUAAAGUGUUCUAUCGCUGACAUAAAGCUGUAAGAUUGCAACAGAAGACGUACAAACUGUGUGUUUAAAACAAAUCAUCGUUAUUUCAAAGCUUUUUGGAUAUGAUUAGAUCACAUUUUGGUAAACAAUUGAUACAAUUUUGUGUAAAACUGACCCAAAAAGUUCAGAUUGUACACCUAAAGUGUACAAAUCUGGAUGGCUGCGGCACAAAUGUAUAUCGUGCAACAAUUAAUGUACAUGUACAUGUACUUGUAUAUUUUUAAACAAUGUAAAACCUGAAGAAAAUGGCAAUAUAAUCAGGUUUUGUUCAUGAUUUUGCAGGCCAUGUUAUCAAAGAAUGAUAUGAAGUGUAAAAUUACAAACACUUUUAUUAUCUCUUUUUGUUGAAGGUUAUAUUUAUGUACAUGCUCUUCGAUCUGAAUUCAAUUUGAAAUGAGUAUUGUUUUGUAUAAAUCAAUGAUAACACUUUGAUAUUGAUAUCAUUUGCCCCAUGUUAACACUUUGACUACCGACUACAAGUUCCUUUACCUCUACGAGUUAGUUAACUCGCAGUAAGGGAAACAGAUUCUAGUGUCACCUUAUCAUUCUAGCAUCAACCAAUGCAUAUUGUAUUGUUAAGGCAGAAUAGUCAUAAAAGAACAGUUAUGAAGGCUCAUUCUUCAUUUACUGGGGAAGAAAAACAUUUUAUUCAAAUCUUGAGCAUUUCAUGCAGGUUGCCAACUAUGAGUUUACUCGUGGUACAAGUUGUCAAUGUCAGUCACGUUAAUUGUUUUGGAAGGCAACCUCUUUCCAAAAAAAUUAAAUUGUCUAUUUUGAAAUAGUGUUCUUAGUGUAUUGGAGCAGAUGUUUUUUAGUUUACUAAAAUCAAUUUUAUCUUCACGAGACUCAAUCUGUCGAGUAAUUAAUCCUAAAGCUAACAAAUAUUGGUGUUAGUUAGGUGAAAGUCCUUCAAUAGGUGUGACGUUUGUGUGUGAUUAUACGGAGGGUGAUGGGGUCUCCUUAUUCACCUUGACUAGGGCGGAGCUGGAAGCAAUGCCCCUGUGGAAACAUGGCAACAAUGACAUGGAAUACUAGCUGAGAAGAUUUUCGCAAACAUGACCUACUGUAGUCGCAAAUUUUGGGAAAAUGUUCUGCAAGCAAAAUUUUUCUGUUCCACAGUAGGCCCCUAUUCUAUCAAUUCAAUACUCGUGAUUUUCACCAGUGCCGAACUAAGUUAGCAAACCCUUUUGACAUACUCUAUCCUUGUGCCAGUUACAAGCAGAUUUGAAUGAAGGUUUUUACCUCCAGAGGUGAAGAGUGAGCCCCAAUGUGUGUUAUAUGCACAGCUUAUGCGUUGCCAACCUACUGUGCAAAAGCUAUGGCAAAUGGUGUAGGCGAAAAAUUUGAGGUUGGCAGUCAAGGUGAUAAUGUGGUGUAUGAGCUCUAUAGGUUUAGUUUUUGCGUUGAAAUACCAUGAGGUAAAACUAUUUGUGCACUAGCGGACGUGCAGAUGACGCAAUCAAAGCAAAGGCUCCAUCGAAGUGUAGGCUCCACUUGAUUUAGGCGUCCAAGUUGAUGUUAUUCUGAAAGCCUACGCCACCUGUUCAAAAUUGAAUUUGAGAUGUUUCAGUGAUGUAAAUAAUACACUUGAAUAUAGAUUUCAGUGUUGCUGUUGUGACUAUUGGUUAACAUUUAUUCUAAAAGUUGGCAUGUGUGGUUUCUGGUUAAUUUCUAUUAACUUGUGGCACAGACAAAAAUAAUAUAAUUGUUGCUCAUGUUCAUGUAUAGAAAAGUGAUAGAGGGUACAUUGUCAUGUGCAAAUUCUGUUAUUUGCAUUCAAGGCAAUUUUUCGAUAUGGCUAGAGAGUUUUUUUACUCUUGAGAAAAUUUUGGGCACAAUUUGACGAUAAAAUUUGUAAUAAAUUUUUAGGUGUGCACAUUAUCAAUAAGGUCUGAAAAUCACUGGUGGCCCAAUGGCUGCUUCACCAAAGCCAGGGAUUUUACUGCGGCAGUGGUGCUCGGGCAGAAUUAUCAUAGUUUUCCUAUUGCAGCAUUUGUGUAUUCCGCCACCCAAAUCUCUGGACCCAGUACAUACAUUUCAGGGAUGUAACAUUUCUGAUUUUAGGGAAAUUUCGGUAUUUUUUGCCUUCUCAAUAGGGUUUGAAAGCAGACAUUAAAAGAUCAUCAUUUUUGCUUUGAUUUUUUUUAAAUUUGGCCAAAAACAAACAUUUUAGAGACAUAUUUUGCAAGGAAGGUCAGUUUUUGGGACAACAGCGCUUCCUCAAAACAAAAUAUAACCAGCAAAAUGCUCCCCUCGAAAUGAAGAAAACUCAUCAAAAAUACAUGCAAGGAAAUUGGGAAUUAUGAGAACAGUACUUCUGUCUAGUCCGUUAGGUGCAUGUUGGCAUCAUUGUGAACUUAGUCGGAUAUCAGAUGUCAGUUGUCAAACUUCAUUUUCAAUUUGAUAUUUUGAUUUCCAUUUGAUAUCUGAUUUUGUUUCGUUUCCCUCUAGGUUCUAGAUGUUCAUCAUUAAGGCUAGGUCCCUGUGGUGGUGGACAUACUGACAAUUGCUUCAAUAGGAGAGAAUAUUAGCUACAUUGUAUAAUAUUAAAGCAGUGGAUGAUCUCUGAUAAUUCCAAUGGUUUUAUCGACAAGAAUUUUGAUUAUUUUCCUGUAAAAUUGAUUGUGAUUUAGCAAAUUUGUUGAUGAACCAGUAUUUGAUUUACGGGUGUGAACAUCGAGUCAUGUUUAUAUUCAGAUUACUUGUUGCUUUGUUGUAUUUCAGCAUUAAUUAUGUAAAUACUUGUUAUACCCUUAUCUAGCUGAAUACAUGUGCAGAAUGGUAGGUUCCCCUAGCAAGGAUACGUUUUCAAGGUCACAGAGGUCAAUUGGCGUAAAUAUGGCAUGUUUCUUAACCGCUAAAGCUAUGAACUUGAAAUUUGUUUCACAUGACCACCUGUAUGAUCAAUAUCAUAGCACACAUAAGAUACCAGAGGACAGUGCACCUCACUCUCAGUAUGUCCAUUUACUUUCUCUUUUUAGAGAAAAGCCGGCAAAUGGUGUUCUUACAGGCUUUGUGUUUCUCUACCUUUAAAUACAUAUUUCAACAGCUGUGUAUUUUUCACAGAUAAUCUUAAUUCAGAACCAUGUGUUUUUUUUGUAUCCACGUAAGGAAAAAAUUGUUGAAGAUUUUUAAAUCAGAAAAGAAAAUUAUUGUAUUAGAAAUUCAACCCUCUGGUUUCUAAUUCACCAGUUGAUGAUCACGUUGUCAUGCAAAAUCUUUCCAGAAUUCACCACACGUGAGCUAUGUAUUAUGUUUCUUCCUGUUCAUAAAGGCAUUUUGAGGUUGAAUUUUUUCUUUGCAUGCGUGAGACCGAAGAAUGCAGGCUCAGCAUUUGGAGACUAUUGGAUCUGGCUUGAUAGUAAGAGGGGCAAGAGACGAGAUCAUUUCACAUUUUAUGGGACACCAUUGCUGGGAGAGCU